ACUACUCGCUUAGAAAGUGGCAGAUUCUGUGUGAAGUUACCCCUAAAGGACUCACCUGACUGCCUCGGCGAUUCAUACUCUCAAGCUAAAAAACGAUUCCUAAAUCUUGAGCAAAGAUUUAGACGAAAUAAAGAACUAGAAUCGAAAUACGUUGAAUUCAUUCGUGAAUACGCUGAUAUGGGCCAUCUAUCUGAAUCACCUACUCUUAUUCCAAAUCCAUCAUAUUUUUUGUGUCACCAUGCUGUCAUAAAGGAAAAUAGUGAAUCUACCAAACUCCGAGUAGUGUUCGAUGGCUCAGCCCCCACAACCUCUGGCUCCUCUGUCAAUGGCAUCCUCAUGGUAGGCCCAAAUAUUCAAGACUCUCUUUUCUCCAUUUUAGUGAGAGCUCGGCAACAUAAAUUCAUUUUGACAGGUGACAUCGCCAAAAUGUACCGUCAGGUUCAAAUUGAGAGUUCAGAUCAAAAUUUGCAGCUCAUAUUAUGGAGAGAAGAUGAGUCUCAGCCUAUCAAAACUCUGCGACUGAGUACUGUCACUUACGGUACCGCAAGUGCCAGUUACUUGAGCACGAGAUGUCUUUGGCAGGUUGGACAGGAAUGUGGGGACGAAAUAAUUAAAAAUAUCAUUCAGCACGACUUUUAUGUCGAUGAUCUAAUCACCGGUUGUGAUGAUGAAGAUCAACUUAAAUACAUUCAAAAUUCAGUUUCAAACGCUCUAAAUUCAGCUUGUUUUCCUCUACGAAAGUAUAAAACUAAUUCAAAAAACUUGUUUCAAAAUUUACACGAAAUUAAUACAGAACAUUUGACAAUCAGUGAGUCGUCGAGCACUCUCGGACUUUGUUGGGAUCCAUCGAAGGAUGCCUUUAGUUUUCCUAUCGAAAUUCCACUUCUUAGUGACAAAAUCACAAAGAGACUUAUCCUCUCAAGUUCAUUUCGAAUCUUCGAUCCUUUAGGUCUUUUGAGCCCGUGCAUUAUUCAACCAAAGAUUUUGCAUUAAUCAAUGUCCAUACAGCCGUCGAAUCUGAAAUUAAUUUUGAUUUUAAAAAUAUUCUAAAUUUACAAAACUUCAAAGAACUUUUAGUUACAUUUUACGAUUUUUACACAACUCUAAAAAACAAAAUAAAAACAAUAAACUCACCGGCAUUUUAUCAAUUGACGAAUUAAAUAAUUAUUUUAAUUUUAUUUGCAUGCUGUCUCAAAAACAAACUUUUACUUCUGAAUUUGAUAAGUUAUCAAAUAGUAAACCUUUAAGCCCAAGGUCAAAUAUUUUAUCAUUAUCUCCAUUUUUGAUCAUCAGGCGAAUCUUAUAAGAGUCGGUGGCAGGCUCAGUUCAUCUGAAUAUAAAUUUGAAAAGAAGCAUCCCAUUCUUCUAAAUUCAACUCAUCAUGUGACGAAGCUUCUAUUUGAACGCGAACACGUUCGAUCUCUGUAUGCAGGACCGCAACUUCUGUUGUCGAUUAUCCGCGAGUCUGUUUGGCCUACCAAUGGCAGAAAACUAGCUAGGCGCGUUGUCAAAAACUGCGUUAGCUGCACACGUCUUCGUGGUCAGACCUAUAAUCCAAAAAUGGCUGACUUACCUGCAAAUCGCGUCAACGUUGACUUUCCCUUCAAGUCUGUUGGAGUGGACUAUGCGGGCCCUUUCUUCAUUCUAAAUCGUAAAGGACGCGGUGCUAGAGUAGUUAAGUGCUACUUAUGUCUGUUUGUGUGUUUGCGCUUCAAAUGCAUUCACUUAGAGGUCGUAUCUGAUUUGACAAAAGACGCUUAUAUUAUGACACUUCGCAGAUUUGUGGCACGCCGUGGAAAGCCAACCGAAAUAUUUUCCGACAACGGUAAAAAUUUUGUUGCUGCCGCGAAAGAAUUAAAUAGUUUUCUAAAGGCUAAUCAAGAACCUCUGUCUGAGUUUGCUGCUCAGGAGGGAAUAAAAUUUUCUUUUAUCCCCGCUUACGCUCCUCACUUUGGUGGAAUAUGGGAGGCCGGGGUUAAGUCCGCUAAACAUCAUAUAAAGCGAGUCAUGGGCAAUACCCAUCUUACAUUUGAAGAACUUUCGACAUUGUUUGCUCAAGUAGAGGCUAUUCUCAAUAGCCGUCCUCUAUGUCCCAUGUCAUCUUCCCCGAAUGACUUCCUAUCCUUGUCCCCAGGGCACUUUUUAAUUGGAAGACCAUUGAAUGCACUACCGGCUCCUUCAUUGGAUGACGCUAAAGAGAGCUCCCUAGAUAGAUAUGGCAGACUUGAACAAAUCCGCCAACACUUCUGGAAGAGAUGGCAGAAGGAGUAUAUCUCAAAAAUGCAACUACGAACGAAAUGGAAGAUUGACAAAUCAAAAAUAAACGUCGGAGACCUCGUACUGCUUCAAGAGGAUAAUUCUCCACCACUUUGUUGACGCAUGGGACGUAUCUUUCGAUUAUUCCAUGGAACAGAUGGCGUUUGUCGAGUUGCGGACGUCGAAACUACAAGAGGUUGCGUUCGAAGACCUUUGGUUCGACUGUGUCCUCUGCCCACUUCUGAAGACCUUCAAGCUUGAAAACCUACGCUUUUCACCGGGGGGAGGAUUAUGUCUACGCCUGUUAAACUUAUUAUAGCAAUCAUGCGCUUCAACAACAUAGAUUGUCAUUUUUUAUUUAUUAGUUAUUAUCGGGUAGAAUGUAAUUUUUACACUUAUCUAAAAAUCUUUGUACAAAGGUGUGUCGGUCUCGAAAAUAAAUUGUUUUUAAAAGGAAUAUUGAGUUUCCCUAAAGAAAUUCCAGUUCCCAAGCCUAAAGCGGG